AGGUGCAGUUUGGCGCGCCUGCGGCUUACGAGCUUCGAAUUCGUUUUCAAACCAAGUGUCGUCUUUGCAUGGUGCCGGAAGCUGCAACCAUGUCGGACAGCAUUACGCCCCAGCGUCCUGGUAGCAAUGACCAGAGGGUCAAAUUUCUCGUCAACAGUGAACUGCUGUCGGACGUUUCUUUCACCGUGGGUAAAGCCGAAACAGUAAUCUACGCCCAUCGUUUCCCACUCGCCACCGCUAGUGAUGUUUUCUAUCAGAUGUUUACCGAAAAGCCGCUGUCUGGGCCUGUUGCUAGGGAACCCAUCGCUGUCCCUGAUGUAGAACCGGAAACGUUUAUCGAAAUGCUUAAGUUUUUAUACUAUGACAACCCAACGAUCAGCGAAGACAACCUGGUAGAGUUGUAUUAUGCUGCCAACAAGUACAACCUAGUCAGAUUGAAAAAGCUUUGCCAUCAGUUUAUCAGCAUAGAAGAGGCGUCAGUGAUGAAAGUUCUAACCAGAAACAUUCCCAAAGGAUUCGCAGAGCUGAAUGAUGCCUGUUUAACGUCAAUUUCCCGAAAUCCGCUAGUUGUAUUUCGUAGCUCCGACUUUUUGGAACUUCCACUGGAAUUGGUCGAGCAAAUUUCACGGCAAAAUAAGCUUCGUUGUAAUGACGACCAACUGCUGGAUGCUCUCCGCAAGUGGUGCCGGUAUCAAAAAGACAACCAGACAGAAUUAUUCGACCAAUUAUCGGGAAUAGUUCGAAAGCGACAGAAGCAAAGUCGCGACUUUCAGUGCCGCAAGUGGCUUUUCUUUGGACCGAUCUGCUACACUAUAGACUCCUGCAAAGGUACCUUUCUGGUGACUGCUAUUCGCGACUUCGACCUGUUCGGAGUAGGCAUGUACAUCGGAUGCCAAGAAAAUGAACAGCCGAUGUCAAUUUCGGUUGUAAUUAUGAGUGGAGAGAAAAUGAUUCGCAGAUGCCAGGCAAAUGUUCCUCCACGCGAAGACAUCUACGUGUAUGAUUGUAUGCUGGAACGGAUUUCGCUUAGAGCUGGUGCCAAGGUGACCAUCAUGUGCGAUGGACCACGGAGAAGUGAUGGGGUUCUCAAGAAAUUUACCUUCUGGAAUAGAGGCUUCUCCUGGACUGGGGAUAGUUCGAUCAUGAAGGUUGAAGACGAAAGAAACUUCGAGCACACGGCAAUCGCCUAUCUUCUCUAUCAAAUAAAACCAUUUGUCGAUCAAAACACUAAAUAAAUACGCAACUUGGGUACGA